UUUUCUGGGAUCAUGGCAAUAGCUCACGUCGCAACGGAAUAUGUAUUUUCUGACUUUUUAUUAAAGGAACCUAAUGAAUCUAAGUACAAAGGGGUGCGGCUCGAACUGGCGGUAGAUAAACUUGUCACGUUUAUUGCGGUCGGUCUUCCUUUACUGCUCAUAUCCCUCGCUUUUGCUCAAGAGGUGUCGGUCGGAACGCAGAUAAGCUGUUUUGCACCAACCAACUUUUCGUGGCGCCAGGCAUAUUAUGUAGACUCCUACUGCUGGGCGGCUGUGCAGGAUCAUCAACCAGAAGAUGGGCCUAACAGCGCGCCCCUGUGGUUGCACAAGUUCUUCCCGUACAUCUUGUUGCUGGUGGCGAUCCUCAUGUACGUGCCCGCCGUCUUCUGGCGCUUCACGGCAGCGCCACACCUCUCCUCAGACCUCAGCUUCAUCAUGGAGGAGCUGGAUCGCGCCUACAACCGAGCCAUCCGAUUGGCCAAGAACUUGGCCUCCAGCCUAGAAGCCAAGGAGUCGUCAGAGGAGGAUGCUUACGGGGCUCUGGACCUGGCAGAGGGAUGCUUCAAGUACCCUCUGGUGGAGCAGUACCUGAAGACCAAGCGCUUCUGCCGGACGCUGGUGCUGAAGUACGUGCUGUGCCGGGCGCUGACCCUGGUCACGCUGCUGCUGGCCUGCUUCUACCUGGGCUACUACAUCCGCCUGGCGUCGGCCGAGCGCAGCGACGAGUUCGCCUGCGACAUCCGCACGGGCGUGCUGCGCCACCACCGGGACGCCGGCGAGACCGAGACGACGCCGACGCCGCUGCCCGCCGCCGUGCAGUGCAAGCUGGUGGCCGUGGGCGUCUUCCGCCUGCUCAGCUACAUCAACCUGGUGGUGUACGUGCUGCUGGUGCCCGUGGUGGCGUACGCCGCCGUGGCUCCCGCCAGACAGGGGGCGCUCUUCCUGCGGCCCUACGAGAUGCUGCCCGCCUUCGGCUCGCUGGACCUCGCCACGUCCUUCUACGACGACCUCAGCCUCUACCUGCUCUUCCUGGAGGAGAACCUGAGCGAGCUCAAGUCGUACAAGUGUUUGCAGGUGUUGGAGCUGCUCCGGGAGGGAGGCGGGGAGGCGUUUGACACCAUGUGUCUCCUGCGGACGCUCGGACAGGUGAAGACGGACGUGGUGGACGUAGUGGACGGCAAGAGGCCCUCGGCCAGCAAGUCCCACAAGUCAGAGGCAGGAAAUAACACACAAGAGGUCAAAGACGCCGCACCUUUACUGAAGGAGGAUGCGGAGAAGAAAGAAGCGGCGUGUGCCUGCAGCAGGGAUGUACGUCAGCGACUAGUCUGAGUAGAAAAGUCUGAAUACACCCUCCGUCUGAAAGCAUGGACCCGUCUGUAUUUACGUAGAGGUGUGUAUAUUAUAUGGUGUAUUUGAGAGGGAGAGAGAGUUGUAGAGAAGACUGUAUGUGCUGAGCCUUUAGUUACUCAUAGCGUUUGCUGCCACUAAUAAUGCUGCAGUCAGUGUUUAGGUUGAAAGAAAGGAACAGGAACAAGGAGAGAGCAUGCGUGCCAAUGUUUACAAUGAAUUAGUCUAUAUGUGCACUGUGUAGGUUUACUGUAAGAGUUCCCUGCUACACUUGAUGACCACAAUGAUAAUGAUAAGGAGGAGAGAGAGAGAGAGAGAGAGAGAGAGAGAGAGUGUGUGUGUGUGUAUGUGUGUGUGUGUGUGUGUGUGUUUGUGGGUGGGUGGGUGGUUGCGUGCGUGUGUGCGUGUUUGUGUGUGUGUAUGUGUGCGUAAGGGAGAGAGACAAGAAGUGAGGAGAGAUUGUCUGUUUGUUCAGAGGCAUCUUUUUAUAAUGUCAAAUGAAAAACAACAUGUGAGGACUAAAUGCUGUUUUAGGAUGUGUGAUGCCUGUAUUUAUAUUUUACGAUUGGCUGUAUGAAUUACCUCAGGUACCAGACAGUGUACAGUACCCGCUGCAAUAUGUUUUUUAGUAUGUUUUUACUUCUGUUGUGUACCAGGUAUUUCCACAUUAGUGUUUUUUUUACAUGAAUUUCUAUUUAAAUGAGGUGAUUAUUUGUUUAGUAUGGGUUUCAAGUGGGAGUAUUCAUGAACAUGAAGACAUCCAUUUUUUUUAAUCAAUCAAAUAUCAUUCUUCCAACAUUUUUGCAUCUUAUUUUUAUCUUGAAAGAAGCAUCACAAAGACACAAAGACAAUGCAAUUACAAUGUAGCAGUUCAAAAAAAAAAAAAAAAAAAAGGUCCAGCAAUUCAAGGGCUUUGGAAUGCUUUGAAUAUGUAUUAAGAAUCGUUUUGCAUGGGGCAGAGGUAAUGUUGUGUCAAUGUAAUUGAUCUAAUUGAUCGGGAAACAGCUACUAAUCUGGCAGAUGAUAUAAAGACACAUAUCUGAUAAUUAUGAGCCAUUAAUCACUUAUCGCAUGACACGCAAAGUCGUGGAUUUGGUGCUCUCAUCACAUGUGACAAAUGUAUGCACUUGUCCCUUACACUAAUAUUAUAAUCACUAACAAUGAAAUAAACUCUUUUUGA